AUAGGCGGAAGCAAAAUAAUUGAGGUAGUUAAUAUCGCGGUUAAUGGUGAAGUCUUUUGUUAGCUUACAACACAGUAUAUAUACCGUGUUCAUUUGAUUAAUGUUUAUUAUGAGUGAAAAUAACAUGAAAAGUCAUGGACCGUAGGAAACUAAAGGAAGGAUUCUUGGUUAAAAAGGGAUAUGUAAGACGCAACUGGAAAGUAAGAUGGUUCAUUUUAUUUGAAGAUGCUUUGUGUUAUUACAAAAAGAAAGAGGAUAAGUUAUCAGCUGGUGAGGUUCAACUUCGUGGCUCAUCUUUAGUAUCCCCGUGUCCAGAUUACACCAAGAAACUGUUUGUAUUUCAACUGAUCAGUAGUAAUGGCCGUGAGUAUUUAUUGCAAGCUGAAAAUGAUGGAGAAUUAAAGCAAUGGUCUGCUAGUAUUGCUUCUGCUAUACGUGACAUUGAAUCAAAAGAAAGGAAAGAGGAAAAAACUCAAAGCAUUGAAAGGAUUGACACAAUCGAACCCAAAGUUUCUGUAAAUUUACCUAGUUUAGCAGAACUUGUUGAUGCCAUGCAAGACAAAGAUGCAGGAAUCUCUUUGUAUACUCACAAAGUCCAAGACAACAAAGUUUACAGACAUUGCUUUACAGGUUCACAAGUUGUAGACUGGUUACUUUCUUGGAGUUUUGUUGCCUGUCGGUCAGAAGGAACUCGAGUUGGUGACAGUCUGUUGGAACAUGGCCACCUUCAACCUGUUGGGUUGAAAAGUCGAAACUCCUUGACCAGAGGCAUUUUGGCUGAGACUGCUGAGAUUAAUGUGUUUUGCGAUGCUGACAAUGCGCUCUACAGAUUUUCGGCAUUAUGUCUGACAAAUGCUGAAGCUUUUGAAGCUGAUUCAGAUGAUUCAACUGAUAGUGAUGACUCAGAUAAAGAACAAGAGAGCAAAAUAAUUGACGGUAUUGUUGUAAAGCAAGGGUUUUUAGUGAAAAAGGGACAUGUCCGUCACAACUGGAAAACAAGAAAAUUUUUCCUGUGCAAGCAGCCAUCUCAACUUUAUUACUGUAAACCUUCUAAGCCCAACAGUCCCAUAAGGUGCAUUAAAUUAAAUGGUGCAACUAUUGAAAAAAAUUCUGGAGAUUCGAUGAACGGCGAGAAAAAAGGAAAACAAUUCUAUGGUUAUCGAUUCAAGAUUCUAGCUUCAAAUAAAUCGCAAUAUAUCUUACAAGCGGGAAGUAAGGACGAGUUAGAGGAAUGGAUUUCAAAAUUAAAGUUUGUAUGUUCAUAAUAAUGUAGAACAUUUUUAUUGAUAUAUGACUAAGGGUUACCUUAACUGUCCCACAAUAUUGUCUAUGACAUGCAUUAAUUGCCGUUAUGCAGGCCGUCUUAUAUAAUGUGUAAAAGCACUGCAAAGUUGAAUAAAUAUGAAGAACGUAUGUAAGUAUCUUAAGUAUGUUGUGGACGAAUUGUUAGAAACGUAUGAUUUGUAAAUUUGUAUAUUUGCUAAUAUGAAUGUAUAUCAAACGGAAUUUUUAUGACAAUAAUAUAUGCACUUUUAGCAAAGACUGCUAAAUCCCUCUCA